AUGACUAUGAUCAUUGCUUGCAACCUAGCCUUCUCAUUCGUCGAGAAACCCAGCUUCCAAAUGUAUACUGCCUUGUAUACUCCUUUGGCAACGUUGCCAUCGCCAGACACGGUCAGAGUCCGACUCACCAGCAUGUUUGGAGCAGCGGUUAGCAAGUUGAUCAAUCACUUCAAAUCGAACAAUUCAUUGCUCUCGUUCUGUCUUGAUGGCUGGACAUCUCGUAAUUGUCUUGGAUUCAUUGGUAUCACGUGUCAUUGGAUUGAUGCUACAUUCAAGCCCAGGAAUGUGCUCCUUACGAUGACCAAGAUUGAUAUUACAACCUCUGAUGGCAAACACUCUGGCCUCAACAUUGCAGAUGCAUUCUAUAGGACACUACAGAGGUACUGCAUCACUGACAGAUGCCUUGCUACCAUUAGUGACAAUGCCAGUAACAACUUCACCUUCUCCAAGUCCUUGAAAGAGAUAUUGGAUGCCCGCAAGCUCCCCUACAAAGGCUUGGAGUCCCACAUUGGAUGCACCGCCCACAUCGUCAACCUUGUUGUCCAGGAGUUCAUCAAAGGUUUGGAGGCAUGCACUGUUCUUUCCAAGCUGCAUGGCAUCGCUGUUGCAAUCAGAGGUUCACCCCAGAGAAGAGAGAGCUACAAGUUUGACUAUAUUCCUUUUGGAAACAAAGACAGGAUCAAGCUACCCAAGAUGAUAGUUGUAACACGAUGGAACAGUCAGUACUUGGUCCUUGAAAGAGCAUUGGCGAUUCGCGCAACCCUCGAGAGGGUCUUCACUCAAAAGGAAUACGCUGAGUACGCUCUUGGCAAGGAUGAAUGGGAACUUGCGCGCACCCUCUUUGAGGUCUUGCAGCCAUUCUAUAGAGUCACGUUGGAAGUGUCACAUGCCAAUGCCAACCUCUCGAUCGCCUAUCCUAUGUUUGAGUACAUGUUCAAUCAUCUUGAGGCCAUGCAAUCAAAGAAGAAGGCCAACAAGUAUCCAGAAAUUGUCAAGAAGGCAGCUGAUCCUGCCCUCACUAUCUUGAAGAAAUAUUACAAGAACAGUGAUGAGGUACCUGACCUCUAUUAUUUAUCAACAGCGCUCAAUCCUACGUUCAAGUUGGUCUUCUUUAAUGACUGGGGAGUGUAUCUUGAGAAGGCCAAGACGGUGCUGACCGACACCUUUGAGAGGUAUCAUCGCAAGAACCCAAUCGUUCAGCCACAGGAAGAACUUCUUGAUCAGCAAAUCAACGUUGUUUGGUCUGAUGUAAUGCAAGAGAAGAUUAAGACUCAGCCCCAGACAGAGCUAUCAUUGUACUUGGGAUCUCCAAUCGAGAAACCAACUGUCAACAUAUACUUAUGGUGGAAGAAUCAUGCAAACGAGUACCCUAUACUUUCAGCCAUGGCCAGAGACCAUCUUUCCAUCAGAUGUUCG